AUGGCGGACUCAGUCAACACUUUUAAGAAUGGGUUGGAUAAAUUCCUAAUGGAUACGAAUAUCCAGGAUUAUGACGGUGACGGGGAUGUAUCGUGGGGGACGGCAUCACUUGCUAAGGGGGUGCAGUUGAAGAUUGAGGCCGUGCGGGAUGUGUUGCGUAUUUCGGACACUCCUCCUGAGCAGGUAGAGGAGGCCUUUUUCACGGACAAUUCCAUGAAGGACCUGGGUUCCAUGGCUGCGGGGAUCUCCUCCAUGUCCGUCUCGGCUCGAAGGGAUCUCAGGCUGCGCCAAUGGUCUGCGGACACGGAAUCCAGGGAAAGCGUGGAGAGCUUACCACACAUAGGUAGACAGGAUUCUCCAGGAGAUAAUCCCAUUACCCCAAUUAUACAUCCAGCUCUAUCAGCUGAUAACCCUGAUCCUGGGAAAUGUUCUCCUGAUCACUCUGAUAUUGGUGCAUCUGUUACAGCUCUGACAGUAGAUACAGUGUUUCCCUGUUCUGUAGAUGCCAAAUGUUUUACACAGAACACAAAGCUUAUUACUCAUCAGCCAGCUAAGGCAGGUGAGAGGCCAUUUCCAUGUUCUGAGUGUGGGAAAUGUUUUACAUCUAAAUCAUAUCUUGUUAGACAUGAGAAAAGUCAUACAGGUAAGAAGCCGUAUUCCUGUUCUGAGUGUGGGCAAUGUUUUACAUCUAAAUCAUAUCUUGUUAGUCAUCAGAGACGUCACACAGGUGAUAAGCCGUAUUCCUGUUCUGAGUGUGGGAAAUGUUUUGCACAGAGAUCACAUUUUGUUAUUCAUCAGAAUGCUCACACAGGUGAGAGGCCAUUUUCCUGUUCUGAGUGUGGGAAAUGUUUUACAUGUAAAUCAGUUCUUGUUACACAUCAGAGAAGUCACACAGGUGACAUGCCAUAUUCCUGUUCUGAGUGUGGGAAAUGUUUUUCAUCGAAAUCACAUCUUGUUAGUCAUCAGAGAAGUCACACAGGUGAGAAGCCGUAUUCCUGUUCUGAGUGUAGGAAAUGUUUUGCACGGAAAUCAGCUCUUGUUAGACAUCAGAGAAGUCACACAGGUGAGAAGCCAUAUUCCUGUUCUGAGUGUGGGAAAUGUUUUGCACACAAAUCAUAUUUUGUUAUACAUCAGAGAAGUCACACAGGUGAAAAGCCGUAUUCCUGUUCUGAGUGUGGGAAAUGUUUUUCAUCGAAACCAGAUCUUGUUAGUCAUCAGAGAAGUCACACAGGUGAGAAGCCGUAUUCCUGUUCUGAGUGUGGGAAAUGUUUCGCACAGAAAUCAGCUCUUGUUACACAUCAGAGAAGUCACACAGGUGAGAAGCCAUAUUCCUGUUCUGAGUGUGGGAAAUGUUUUGCACACAAAUCACAUUUUGUUAGACAUCAGAGAAUUCACACAGGUGAGAAGCCGUAUUCCUGUUCUGAGUGUGGGAAAUGUUUUUCAUCGAAAUCACAUCUUGUUAGUCAUCAGAGAAGUCACACCGGUGAGAAGCCGUAUUCCUGUUCUGAGUGUGGGAAAUGUUUUGCACACAAAUCACAUUUUGUUAUUCAUCAGCAUGCUCACACAGGUGAGAGGCCAUUUUCCUGUUCUGAGUGUGGGAAAUGUUUUUCAUCGAAACCACAUCUUGUUAGUCAUAUGAGAAGUCACACAGGUGAGAAGCCAUUUUCCUGUUCUGAGUGUGGGAAAUGUUUCGCACAGAAAUCAGCUCUUGUUACACAUCAGAAAAGUCACACAGGUGAGAAGCCAUAUUCCUGUUCUGGGUGUGGGAAAUAAACUCUUGAUAGACAUGAGAGAAGUCACACAGGUGAGAAGCCAUAUUCCUGUUCUGUGUGUGGGAAAUGUUUUGCAUAUAAAUCAAAUCUUGUUCCAAAUCAGAGAAGUCACACAGGUGAGAAGCUGUUUUCAUGCCGUGAA